AUGAGAGUUAAGAAUGACUCCACUGGCAGAAGAGUCGCCAGCUGUGAGCUGAUCGGACCGAUAGUCAUGACCGUAUUCGCGCUCAUCGUCAUCAACAAAGCAGGCGGUUUGAUUUACAACCGAACCCUCCACGAUGGCGGCCUCAACCAGCUAAGCACAAAUGACUAUCUUGUGCUUGCAGGCACCUUCCACGGCAUCCAUGCCAUCACCGCCAGGCUUCACCCCCUGAAGAACCAGCAGGCAGCAGCCGCAGCUGCUACAGCAGCAGCGGGAGGAAUUCCCAGCCGCCCGGAGCCGCCGUCAGGGCUCGAAGUCAUGGAGACGGAGAACUUCAGGUUGCAGUGUUUCACUACCAUGACGGGCACCAAGUUCCUGCUCUUCACCGACACAACGCAAACCAACAUUGAUGUGAUAUUACGAAGGAUAUACGAUCUCUACAGCGACUACGUCAUGAAAAACCCCUUCUACCAGCUGGAGAUGCCUAUUCGUUGCGAGAUGUUUGAGCGGAAGCUCCUAUCAUACAUUAGAGAGAUCAACAAUCGAUAG